AACGUUUCCCGAAAUUCCGUGAUCCGGAAGUACUUUUAGUAUUGAUGAGAUGCUGGUUCAUUUAUGCAUGAAGUGAGAUUUGUGUUUACAACAUAUUUUUCACUUCUUAGCUAACCAAAUUCCAACCAAGAUGUCCCGGGGCUCAAGUGCAGGUUUUGAUCGUCACAUCACUAUCUUCUCUCCAGAGGGUAGACUCUACCAAGUUGAAUAUGCUUUCAAGGCCAUAAACCAAGGUGGUCUCACAUCAGUAGCAGUCAGAGGUAAAGACUGUGCAGUAGUCGUCACACAGAAGAAAGUACCGGACAAGCUGUUGGAUGCCUCCACAGUCACUCACCUGUUCAGGAUAACGGAGAACAUUGGCUGUGUGAUGUCAGGGAUGACAGCGGACAGCAAGUCCCAGGUUCAGAGAGCGCGCUACGAGGCAGCCAACUGGAAGUACAAGUAUGGUUAUGAGAUCCCAGUGGACAUGCUGUGUAAGAGGAUUGCUGACAUCUCUCAGGUGUACACACAGAAUGCUGAGAUGAGGCCGCUGGGAUGCUGCAUGAUAGUGAUAGGUGUGGAUGAGGAGUGUGGUCCCCAGGUGUACAAGUGUGACCCUGCAGGCUACUACUGUGGGUUCAAGGCCACUGCUGCAGGGGUCAAACAGACAGAGGCCACCAGCUUCCUGGAGAAGAAAGUCAAAAAGAAACUCGACUGGACCUUUAAAGAAACUGUUGAGACCGCCAUCACCUGUCUGUCAACAGUUCUGUCAAUUGAUUUCAAGCCCUCUGAGCUGGAGAUAGGAGUCAUCACAACAGAGGAUCCUAAGUUCAGGAUUCUGACCGAGUCUGAGGUGGACGUCCACCUGGUGUCCCUAGCGGAGAGAGACUGAGCCCAGAAAGACUACAGAGUCCCAGAGAGAGAUGUGUAAUUGAAUGAUGGGAUUUGUAGUCCCCCUGUUGAAGAAUGGUGUUAUCCUUGUAUUUUACCCCCUGUUCCAUUAAAAAUGUUUCUAGUAAAUUCUUAUAUUUUUAUUAAUUUAAUUUAUUUUCAGUUAGAUCUGUCCCGGCAUUUUCUCUCAGGUACUAGUGACAGACUGUGUAGGAGUAUGACAAUAUUUUUCUUUUUAAAUCAGUGCUCCAUGUGUGACCCAUAGAUUUGACUGAAUUCUGUGCACCAGGCCUUCGUUAUCUGACCUAGUACAAAUUUGACUUUUUAACUUGUUAAAGGUCUGAUCCAAAGGUUUUGUAUAUGUUUUCGCUAGUAAUUCUGAAAGUAGUACUCAUGAGGGUUCAGGAAAUGUUGCACAGUUGUGUACUACGUCAUCCAUUUCGUAUGUUACAUACAACAUAUAAAUAAAUUGCAAUUCGUAGGAUGUGUUCCGAAUUCCAA